GCAACAAUAAAUCUUUCUUUUAAUCUAAUUUUCCAAUGGAAUUGUUUAAGCGAUAGAUUUACCUUCAACGUUUUAUACAUUAAGCCAAUAAGGAAUUGCUUCUUUUUAUUCUAAAACACACAAUUUAGAAACUAAUAAAUGCAAAGCUUUUCCUCUGCUGAAGUCCCUGUUUUAUUAGAUACUAGCGAAUUAAUUUAACAUCAUGCAUGAAAACUAGCUUAUCCCAAUGUUCAUGAUCAUAACGUAUCUAAUUUGCCGUGUAGAUGUUUUAAAAUUAAACUAUGCUAAAAAAUGAACCUAACCUGCUCACGAGGAAUAAGCCUCCUCCUUUCAACUUGUGGAAGGGAACGCAAUGUUCGUCUUGGUUCGUCCAUCCAUGCCUUCGUUCUCAAAGACCCACAAUUUGUUUACUUAGGAAAUCAGUUUAAUACCCGGAAUGCGCUUGUAGUAUGGAACUCUCUUCUGACAAUGUAUGCUAGAUGUGGUAGGACAUAUGAUGCUGCCCAAGUGUUUGACGAAAUGCCCAUGAAAGAUACGGUUUCAUGGAACUCACUUGUUUCAGGAUUUAUAAAUAAUGGGAAUUUUAAAAUGGGAUUUGGGUACUUCAAAGAAAUGAUGGGUUCUGGUUGUUUUGAGUUUGAUCAUGCCAGUUUAACUACAAUUUUAUCAGCUUGUGAUGGGCUUGAUUUUCUUGGUCUUAACAAGAUGAUGCAUGGGUUGGUUGUUUUGAGCGGCAUGGAGAGGGAAAUAUCUGUUAGUAAUGCAUUGAUUACUUCUUAUUUUCGAUGCGGAUGUGCUAAUUUGGGCAGACAGGUUUUUGAUGAGAUGGGUGUGAGGAAUGUUAUCUCUUGGACAGCUGUGAUUUCUGGUCUUGCUCAAAAUGAAUUUUGUGAGGAAAGCUUGGAUUUGUUUGUGAAGAUGCAAGGUGCUGUCGUUGUGCCUAAUUAUUUGACAUACUUAAGUGCACUGUUGGCGUGUUCUGGCAUCAAGGCACUCGUGGAGGCUCGUCAAAUUCAUGGGAUUGUUUUGAAGUUGGGGUUUCAUUCAGAUUUGUAUAUAGAGAGUGCAUUGAUGGAUGUGUAUUCCAAGUGUGGCAGUGUACAAGAUGCUUGGCAGAUGUUUGAGUCCGCAGAGGUUCUUGACACAAUUGCUAUGACAGUUAUGCUUGUGGGGUUUGCCCAAAAUGGAUAUGAAGAAGAGGCACUGCAGAUUUUUGUGAAAAUGGUCAAAUCAGGGGUUGACAUUGACCCUGAUGUAGUGUCAGCCGUUCUUGGUGUCUUUGGUAGCGAUACUUCUUUGGGUCUUGGUAAGCAAGUGCACUCAUUAAUCAUCAAGAAAGGUUUCAUUUCAAAUUCGUUUGUAAGUAAUGGGCUCAUUAACAUGUAUUCCAAGUGCGGUCAACUGGAGGAAUCUGUUGAAAUCUUUAAUAGUAUAGCUCGAAGAAAUUCAGUCUCUUGGAAUUCCAUAAUUGCAGCCUAUGCUCGUCAUGGGAAUGGCUAUAGGGCACUCCAGUUAUAUGAAGAGAUGAGGUCAGAUGGUGUAGAUCCAACUGAUGUUACAUUCAUCUCUCUGCUUCAUGCUUGUAGUCAUGUAGGGCUAGUAAACAAGGGUAUGGAAUUCUUUGAAUCUAUGCAGAAUAUCUAUGGGAUGACUCCUAGAAUGGAGCAUUAUGCGGCUGUAGUUGACUUGCUUGGUCGAGCUGGACUGCUAAGUGAAGCCAAGAGUUUCAUUGAGGGGAUACCAGUAAAGCCAGACAUACUUAUUUGGCAGGCAUUGCUUGGUGCCUGUAGUAUUCAUGGUGAUGCUGAGAUGGGAAAAUAUGCAGCUGAUCAAUGGGUCUUGGUUUCACCUGAUAAUCCUGUGCCAUAUGUUCUACUGGCAAACAUAUAUUCUUCCAGGGGGCGAUGGAAAGAUAGAGCUAGAACUAUCAGGAAAAUGAAGGAAAUGGGAGUGGCAAAGGAGACAGGGACAAGCUGGAUAGAGAUUGAGAAGGAAGUCCAUAGUUUCGUAGUUGCGGAUCAAAUGCAUCCCAGAGCCAUGAUCAUUUAUUCCACCUUGGUGGAAUUGUUUAGACACAUGAGAGAUGAAGGGUAUGUACCAGAUAAUAGGUUCAUUCUACAUUGCAUGGAUAGUGAUGAGAAGGAAUUUUUAAUCGAUUUUCAAGAUACCUCUGAACUUUUGUGCAGCCUGUGGUAGUCAUUUGUGAACUGGUGGCUGACCAAUGCAAUGUAUUAUAUGUGUAUUAUGAUUGACUGUUGCAAAUUGCAGCCACGAAUAUGUUUUAUUCUAUAUUAUGAGAUGGGGAAAUACUGUUUGAGAAUUGGUAAUUGUAUUGAUAAAUAGCAGCAACCACCAAAAAGGUGCAAGCAAAACCAUUUACAGAUCAAAAGCAAAAGUAUGUUCCUUCUCUUCUUAGAGGGAUCUUAUCAGAUGUAUCAGUUCCUCUGGUUCACUAAAUUUUCUAUUUUCUGUGAAUAGGGGAAAUACUUCCUUUGGGCUGACAUGCCAAAAUCCGUCAUGUGAGGAAUAGGGAAGACUCAACUGGACAGUAAUAUCAUGACUCACGAUACUAUUAUAGACUCUUAUGAAAAAUAAAAAAUAAAAAUUAUGGACACUUGGCACUAAUCUGUUCCUUUUGGACUUAAUCAAAUUAAUUUGAUAAAAGGAUCAAAUCAAGUUGUCUGGUUUAUGAAAAGUGAACUGUUAUGCUGCUAUUUGGGAAGAGUCACUUUCUUCUUUAAACAAAAAAAAAAAAAA